AUGAGCACGCCCUACGGGCGCUAUCGGUUUAUCCGCAUGUCUUUUGGAAUAUCUUCCGCCCCAGAAAUAUUUCAAGCAGCCAUGCACCGCCUCUUGGAGGGCCUGUCUGGAGUAGCGGUUGUAAUGGACGACAUAUUAGUCUGGGGCACAACGAAGGAAGAACAUGACAACUUGACCGGGGUGCUUGCAAGCUGCCGUGAGCACAACCUCCGUCGGAACUCACAGAAAUGUGUCUUUUUGCAGGAGCAAGUUCGCUACUUGGGGCACGUUUUCACCACGCAAGGACUGAGCCUGGGACCCGAUCGCGUCCAAGCCAUUUUGGACAUGCCAGCGCCAAGUAACACUUCUGAGCGUCGCCUCGAGGAACUACUUGUGGCAACCACCAAGGAUCCUGCUCUGUCGACCAUCCGAUCCUAUGCAGAGACUGACUGGCCGGAAAACAAAGAGGACGUCCCAGCAUGUGCCAGGCCAUUUUGGGCGUAUCGAGAAGAGAUGCAUACACAAGAUGGCCUCGUCUUUCGCAGCAACAAGAGGCUGAUGGGUCGACAGACGAGAACACUGCUCCCGGUUCCCUCCUGCCACCUGAAGCCGGCACCAUUGCCCAACAGGAAGGUGCACUCCCGUCUCCAGGAGAUUCGCCACAAGCAGAAGGUCUACUACAAUCGAGGUGCUCGGGACCUGCGCGCCCUCUCACCGGGUCAGAGGGCCUCGUUGUACGACACGCACACACGGACGUGGUCCCCGGUCGUUGUGCUGGGAUCAGCGGGAGCUCCACGCUCCGUACUGGUAAAAACAGAAGAUGGCCGAGAAAUGCGACGCACACGGGAACAUCUCCGGGAGGUUCCAGAGCUACCAUGCCCCGACACGACCACAACACCUUCCUCAGGCUUGCCAGGCUCGGGUCCCGUUCCAGAGCCGCCACUACCACGGAGAAGCACUCGGGAACGUCGCGAGCCUCGUCGGUACCCCAUGCCAGAGCGACCUAUAUUGCCCCAAGGAAAGGAAGAUGUAACCGAGGUGGCAUGGCCGCGAUAG